GGCCCACGCUUCCCGCGUGCUCCCUAACCAGGAGGCGGCGGCGCGGCGGUCAGUGGGCCGGGGUCGCCAGCCGCUCUGCUUCGCUGAGCUCGCUUUCUGCUCCUGAUCCCCUAGCUCUCGACCUCCGGGUGGUACAGGCUCUGUGGGACAUGGCGACAUCGGGCUGCAAGGACGGCCCGGGCCAAGAGGAGAGCUUUCUGUACUUCGCUUAUGGCAGCAACCUGCUGACGGAGAGGAUCCACCUCCGAAACCCUUCGGCCGCGUUCUGCUGCGUGGCCCGCCUGCAGCUCCUUACGUGUAGAAGGAACUCUGAGUUUAUUGAAUGUUUUAAUUGCAUGGAGUUCAAGGAUUAUAAGCUUGACUUUGGCAAUUUCCAAGGCAAAACAAGUCAAACUUGGCAUGGAGGUAUAGCCACCAUUUUUCAAAGUCCUGGCGAUGAAGUGUGGGGAAUAGUAUGGAAAAUGAACAAAAGCAAUUUAAGUUCUCUGGAUGAGCAAGAAGGAGUUAAAAGUGGAACGUAUGUCGUAAUAGAAGUUAAAGUUUCGACUCAAGAAGGGAGAGAAAUAACCUGUCGCAGUUAUCAGAUGACAGAUUAUGAGAGUGCACCCCCAUCACCACAGUAUAAACAGGUUAUUUGCAUGGGUGCAAAAGAAAAUGGUUUGCCAAUGGAGUAUCAAAAGAAGUUAAAAGCAAUAAAACCAAAUGACUAUAAAGGAAAGGUCUCAGAAGAAAUUGAAGACAUUAUCAAUAAGGGGGAAGCAAAAGCUCAUUAGAAUAUAAUGGAUUAUGGGACUGGACGGUGGCGUGGUGGUUAGGGCGCUGGACUCCCAUGUGGUUGACUGCGGUUCGAGUCCUAGACCUGGUGGCUUGCUUUCUCACUUUUUCUUUCUCUGGUGAGCACAUAUACCCUAUAGCAAAUUUUAAAAAGAAAUAAAUAAAUAAUUCUUUUAAAAAAGAACAGAUUAUAUCUAAGGAUAUUCUAUGUGCUAAUAUAAAAUAUUUUUAAUGUUUGAGAAUAGGACCUGGAAUAUCUCCAUUUUUAAUCUAUUUUUCAACCAUAUUGUGAAGGGCUAUUUCAUUGGGGUUAUUUCUUGUUUUCAGAUUGUAAAAAGAAACUGGGUUAGGAGUGAGGCAAUUAAGGGGGCUGUGAGGCCCUGGAAUGCGUGACAAAUGGAUGUGGACACUUAAAGUAGUUUUCUUGAGUUGAUCUUAAGUGUCUUGCUCUGUGACAAAUGAUAGAUUAGAAGUCGACUUGAUGGUGCUGGUGAAUUGCUCUGUCUGGGAAUUUUUUUUUUUAAAUCAGCUUAAUAAGAGUAAGCGAACUGCAGAGAGAGUUGGUAAUAAAGUUUUGAAAAUUGGAAA